AUGAAAGACUCCAUCAUGGAGUUCCUCAACCUUUGUUCAUUGGAUUUGUUUACCACUGUCUUGUUUGGAAGUCAUCUGAGCAGCAGCAGCAGCAAUGACACUGACAAUGGAUUUGAUCAUGACCUCUUUCGGAAAAGUGCUGUUCGUGCCAGUUCCGAGUCCAUCAAGCUCAAGCGAGAUCCUCUGGAAGGCUUUCUGUACAAGGCUCUAGGCAUGAUGACUACAAGACACAAACAGUUUCGUGCAGAUGCAGACAAGGUCUUUAAGAUAGGCAUGCAAAUGCUGAGAACCUUUCAAUGGGACCUGGAAGCAGGAACACUAGGGGAGAGCAGAUGA